AUGUCCAAAUUCGAACUCCCAACAGCAACCCCAUCCUCCGCCUCCGCACUCUCAACUCCGGCGGAACCCAGACAAAGCACAUCAUCAUACAACAAUUCCGACGACGACGAUGACGACGACCUUCCCUACCCAACCGAACUGCCUCGCAGCGACUUCCUCUCCCCAAAUUUCGACGCCUCAACAUACCUAUCCACAGUCGCACGAAACCGUCACCAAACUUUAGAAGACUUACGCUCAGAUCUACGCCAAAGAAGCCAAUUACUAAAUAAAGAGCUUGUCGAAUUAGUCAAUGGCAACUACGAAGAAUUCUUGAGUUUGGGCUCGGAUUUGAGGGAUGGGGAGGAGAAAGUUGAAGGUGUAAGAGUAGGAGUCUUAGGGUUUGAGAGGGAGGUUAAUGGAAUUAAAGCUGUUGUGAACGAGAGGAAGGAGGAAGUGAGGGGUUUGUUGGAGGAGAAGAAAGAGAUUAGGAGGGAGGUCGCGUUGGGAAGGGCGUUGAUUGAGGUUAGUGAGAGGUUGGGGGAGGUGGAGAGGGAUUUGGGAAUUACGGUUGAAGGAGAUGAAGUGGACGAUGAGGUCGAUGACGAGGCUGAGGAUGAGAGGCAUGUUGUUGAGGGGUUGGAGUUGGGCAAGUUGAGGAGGUUUACGAUGCAGUAUUUGUUGAUCGGGAAGAUGGUGGAGAGGAUUGGGGCUGAGCAUCCGUUCCUCGUGAAACAGAGAGGUAGAAUGGAGGAGAUUCGCAAGACGAUAUUACUGGAUCUUGCGGCGAGUCUCAGGCAGGCGAGGAAUGAGAAGAAGUCGCAAGCAGCUUUGGCUUUGAUGAAGAUCUAUGCGGAUCUGGAUGCCGAGGCGGAGAGUGUCAAGGUCCUGAAAGGCGGAUGAGGCAUUUUCUGCGGGACUUCGCGCUUGAACACUUAAUAUCAAUACAAUGACGGCGAAUGAAGACGACUGUCUGCAGGUCUCGUGUGGCUUGGCAAACAAGAUCCGGAAUGGGGUCCCGAUACCCUGCCAGCGCUUCCAUGAACUCCACGUAUAUCCUCGAAUAACGAGUGGCCCAGAGCCUUUGACAUCGCCACAUAUACACAAAAACGAUGGACUAGAAGAGUCCAAAAGCAAGUCAUGCACAAGCGUCGGGCGCCUCGAGCACAGGGAUAAUGAAUCUCAAAAUCGCGAGACAGUUUUGCAGUGGGCGAUAUUUGCGCAAGUACAGUCAUGUUCAGCAAUCUUGGCAAUCUACACAGAUGUCAGGAUACAGGAGAGCGUAACUCGGAGGAAAACAAUUGAGUCAUCAUGCCUGGCGAAUUCGCAUUUGAUGUGCCUCACAAAUGAUGAUCAAGCAUGUGAAUAGCUCCUCUUUUGCGCAUGGAGGUUACCCGUCUAGAUCAAGUCCAUAUCGUUGGAUGAGUACAUCAAGUC